CUGUUAGUCUUCAGUCGGUCAAAGUAAUUUCUUUUGAUUGUACAUCUUAUACAAACGUAAAAGAAGUGUAGAGCUAUUAUUUCAAAGAUAUUUAUUACAAAGAAAUAUUGAGUACAAAAAAAAUAAAAUUUUUACUGACAGUUGCAUUCAGAAUUACGUCGAAAUGAUAAAAAAUUUCGUGAUUCCUUUGGUCGCGGAUGAACUUUUGACGUCUCAUGCCGGACAAUAUUUUGUUGAAGAGAUUGUGCCUUUACGAAUGAUAACACAGUCUCUUGAUGCUACACGAUCAGCAUUGCAAGCAAAUGGUUUGCAUUUUAUUUUGGAUCAUUUUGACACAUUUUUCUCUAUCAUUGUUCAUGGCAGUAAAGUGGAGCUUGUGGUCUGCUUGCGUGGUUUUAAUAGGAUUCAUAAAGCUGUGGAAAUACUUGUGAAUGAAUUGGAAGAAAAAUUUGAUCAUGGAAAUGAAAUUACAGAGGAAGAGGACAGAAAAACAUAUUUGUGUAUUAACAAUAUGCUGGCAUAUUUGUUCUCAUGGUUUGUUGGUCAUAUAGAUGAACGUGUUAUGAAAAAUGCAAAUAAUGUCAACAUUGGAAAGUCUAAAAAAAGUGCAAAGUCUGAUAUUGAAGAGGAAUGGGAACAAUCUAAGCAGAAAGUUUUGGAACUUUUAUAUCGAUGGCUGCAAAUACCAUUGUAUAAGAUUUGGAGACCACCAAUUGUUGAAAAUUCAUUUGUUAUGACAUUAGCACAGAUAUGUUAUAAAAUAUUGGAACAGAGUAAAGAUGUUAAGCAAAAACAUAUAAGACAAACUAUAUUUGAGAUUCUGGGAACUUUGAUUAAAAAGUACAAUCAUGGAAUUACUUGCAUUGUCAGAAUUAUUCAGUUGGUGAAAUUGUGUGAUGCACUAGCAGUGCCUAUAGCGACUGGUAUAGUACAUAUGGCCACUGAAUGUGGUUGUAAAGGUUUGAUAAAAGAGGUGAUGAAUGAAAUCGGACAGAGCGAAAUUGGUGAAAUGGAAAAUCGUAAUGUAUCUACAUUUCUCGAGAAUAUUGCAAUCUUGCAACCCGAUCUUAUAAUUCCUGUGCUCGAUGAGGUCAUUGAUUACCUGUCUAAUGAGUUUUAUACUAUGAGAAAUUGCGUGAUUGGAGUAUUGGGUAUUGUAGUGCAAAAAGCGUUGACUGGCGAAGAUCUUACAGAUGAACAGAAAAAGCAACGCAAUGAAUGUUUAAAUAAUUUGGAGGAUCAUAUUUUAGAUUCUCAUGCUUAUGUCAGAUCGAAGGUUCUUCAAGUAUGGCAGCGUUUAUGUUGCGAGGGAGCUGUACCAUUAGCCAGAUAUGGGAAGCUUUUAGCUGCCACUGCAUUGCGCUUAGAAGAUAAAAGCGCGAAUGUUCGUAAGCAGGCUCUCCAGUUGUUGCGUACGAUGUUGCAAAGCAAUCCUUUCGCCGCCAAGUUAACUCGUGCUGAACUCUCCGACUCGUUAGAAAAAGAAAAAGAAAAAUUGCAAGAGUUGCAAGCUCAAAUCGCAAGUACUAGUGGACGCGGUCAUAUGCAAAGAUUUGAACUUUGGAAUACUUUACAACCAGAUAUUAAAGCGACAAUAAAGAAAAUUUUUGAAAAUGAAGCAGAAUAUAUGAAUGAAUCAUGUGCACAGAAUAAAGAGAAUAUUGGUGCAGAUCAUGCUUUCGAACAUGUGAGACAAUUAUUAUUAAACCGAAAAGUCACGAAGGCUGUGACAUACUUAUGGAAGACUUGUAUGAUAUUGGAAGAAGCCCCUGAAAUGAAAGAUCUUUCCAUUGCAGCAAAGGAAGAGUGUUUAUUCGCCUUUUUGCUGAAAAUUUUUAUAGAAUCAGAAAACAAAUUGACAGAUAACGAAGAGGAGAAUACGAUCGACGCAAGUAAAUCAGAACAAGAUAACAAGAAAAAAGAGGAGAUAAGAUUGCGAAAGCGCGUUAUAAAUUAUUUAACAAAUUGUCUUGACUUUGCGAUUGAAUUAGAAAAGGCGAUACCGAUAGCGGAGAAGCUGUUAUUUUCUACAUGUGCUGGCGACGCCAUUGAAUCGUGCACAUUCUUAGGAACCGCUUUUCAAUUCAAAGUAACUGGUGCAGCCAGUUCUAUACGCGAAGCUCUUUUUCAAGUGUUCCAUCGCGAUCAGUCUGUGCGUAAUAAUGUGGCUGUGGUUUACAAAAACAUCUAUCUUGAUAUCAAUAAUGAUAAACAAUCUGCCCGUCAAAUAGCUGUAACUUGUAGCAAUUGUUUGAUUAAUUUGCUAUCGGAAUUACAGCCUGGACAAAGCCCGGCUUUAGCUCAAUUGAUUGUAACAUGGUAUGAAAAUGAGGAAUUAAACAGCGAAUUGUUGAAGGUAUUAUGGGAAAAAUUCUCUAUGAAGUAUCCGGACACGUCACCAAUAAAUAGUAGAAUUUCAUUAAUGAUAUUAACGAUGAUAGCUCAGGCAGAACCUAAUAUAGUGAUCGAUAAUGUAGAUAUGUUAGUAGAAAUAGGAUUGGGUUUGCGCGCGAAAGACGAUCUUCUUUUCGCACGAGACACUUGCAGAAUGUUAUUCAAGAUAAAACAAAAUAACAAGGAUAUCGAAAAAUUGCCUCUGAGAUAUUCCAACAAUCACGAUAUGUUCCAACAAAUCCUGAUAUUAUUGAUAGAUACCUUUAUCAGUGCGGAUGAGAACGCUUAUAUUUCUUUUGCGACGGAUGCAAUUAACGUUAUAUAUCAUUUGGCAAAUCAACCUGAAAAAUUGAUAAAGAAGUUGUUAUUGAACAUCAACGAAAAGGGUCAAUUCACUAAUAAGGAAACGAAUGAAGCAUUGAGUGUGUCAUGCACUGUACUUUCCAAAUUGCUUUAUAUAAUUGGACAUAUUGCUAUCAGACAAAUGAUUCAUCUAGACAUGUCUGUUUACAAGGAACUUAAGCGUAGAGAUGCGGUGCGUAAGAUGCGUAAAAGCAAGAAAAAAGAAUCAAGAGAUGAGUUUACAACACCGAAUAUUAGAUCGACAAGUGCGUUGGUUUCAUCAAGUGCGCGACGAAAUAUAAACAACUCGGUGAGUUCUACGAUCACCGAGGAUAACGGCGAGGAAGCUUUAGAAGGUGCAAUAGAUGACGCUGAAGCGGAAUUCGUGAAUAAUGUGCUUGAAAACGAGAUUGUCACUGGAAAUUGUUUGCUUGCGAAAUUUGUUCCAUUGAUAUUGGAUGUAUGCACGUAUCCCGAUAAGUAUAAUAGCGAAAAUCUACAAGCUGCAAGUUCGCUCGCGUUGAGCAAAAUGAUGACAGUGAGUUCCAUAUUUUGCGAGCAAUCUCUACAACUUUUAGUUACUAUAUUGGAACGAUCACCAUAUCCUGGAGUAAGAUCGAACAUGCUGAUCGGAAUAAGCGAUCUUGCUACUAGAUUUCCCAAUCAAGUGGAGCCAUGGUCGAAGCACAUCUAUGGCAGACUCCGAGAUGAGGAUGUAAACGUGCGUAGAACGUGCGUUCGUAUGUUAUCGAAUCUGAUAAUGAGGGAAAUGAUUCGAGUAAAAGGACAGGUUUCAGAAUUAGCCCUUUGCAUUAUUGAUGAGGAUAAACAAAUACAGCAAGACACAAAGGAAUUCUUCAAUCAACUCGCCCAGAAAGGCAACGCUUUAUAUAAUAUAGUGCCCGAUAUAUUAUCGCGUUUAGCAGAUCCUCAAUUAAAUCUCGACGAAAAACGAUUUCAGGAAACCAUCAGAUAUAUUCUCGGCCUAAUGCAGAAAGAAAGACAAAUUGAUACCAUAAUUGAUAAAAUUUGCGCUAGAUUUAAGUUAGCUACCACAGAAAGACAGUGGCGUGAUCUUUCCUAUUGUCUUUCACUUUUACAAUUCAGUGGAAAGAGUAUACGGCGUCUUAUCGAAAGUUUACCGCUAUUGAAAGAAAAAAUUCAUUAUAAACCAGUAUUAACGGCAUUGCAAAAUAUCAUUGAGCAAACGAAGAAAAAGGCAGAUGCUAGUGCCGCUUGCACAGAGUUAGAAGAAAAAAUACAAGAAUUUUUAGAGACCGAAACAACAGAAAACCCGGAAGUAGCAGACAACCAUCUGAUGCCACCACCAUCUAUCAUGCCAAAAAAUAGAAAAAAUACUCGUCGAAGUAGAUAUAAGAACAAAUAUGAUGAAAGUGAUGACGAUUCUGAGGAAGAUAGCUCCAAUGAUUCUGAGGAAGAUAUAGAGCAUCCAUCUAUUGUAAAAUCGGGAAAUAACAAAAAAAAAUUGACUCGUGAAAAGAUCUUUCAUGCAAGAUCAACCGCGAAAAAUAAUAAUGAUGAUGUCUGCGAUGAAAGUGCAAAUAUUGCAAAUACGCCUGCAAAGAAUGGUAAAAGAAAAGGAUAUGUACAAAAGAAAAAUACGAAGACUGCGGAGGAUGAUAGUGAUAUUGUAUCGCCAUCCUCAAAACGAAAUAAAAAUGAUACGUUACGAACGACUAAGAUGUCGACCCGAUUACGCAAAUAAUUUUUUUUUUUUUUAAAUUAAAACAAAAUAAAGAAAGCCUUCCUGGCUAGACGAGGAUAAUUUUAAAAGGUGAUCCUAAACAGUUCCAUUCGGAUAUAAUUAGUAAUUUUUAUUGUAUUUCAAUUAUUUGUCGUCUUAAACAUUUUUAUGAAUUGUUGAAAGAUCGAAUAUACAGAGUGUCCGAAAAUUUGCGCAACACCCUUUAAGGAAAGAUAGAGAGUGUUAUUCUGAACAGAAAAGUCCUGUACCAUUUUUUUCUAUAACGCUUAAUAAAAGAGUUAUUAUUGAGUGAAGUCUGGCCUAUCAUCGCCGACCUUCAGCCGGGCGCACGUCGGUGAGCUGUCAUAAACAUCUGAGCGCUCAUUACCAGACGUGCGGCUCACCGACCGAUAGGCCAGAUUUCACUCAAUAAUAAUCUUUUAUUAAGUGUUAUAGAAAAAAAUGAUACAGGACUUUUCUGUUCAGAAUAACACUCUCUACCUUUCCUUAAAGGGUGUUGCGCGAAUUUUUGGACACUCUGUAUAUUCAUUUAUCAGUUUAAAAUCUGAGUUUUCGUAUGUUAAUAUAAAAAAGAAAUACUGAAUAUGUAAAAAAGAUAUUUUAAAUAUUGGACAUAUAAUCUGAUGUAUAUAUUAAAAUCGCUAUAUGAAAACUUAAGGAUUGCAACAAUGUCAGUUAGAUCUAAAGAAAUAAUUUAAGCCUUUAAUACUAAAAACUUUAUAAAAAAAAUAUUAAAGUUUUGAAGAGAUUGAGAUGAAAAAUGCGUUGGAAAUCUUUUCUAUAGAAAAUUAAAAUUUAAACCUUG